AUGUCUGAUAAACCUGUGGUGGCGAGUGGCAAUCAGCCUAUUGUGAAGAUUGGACACUAUACAUUAGGAAAUACUUUAGGAGUAGGCACAUUUGGUAAAGUAAAAAUUGGAGAACAUCAACUUACAAAACACAAGGUUGCUGUGAAGAUCCUUAACCGGCAAAAGAUCAAAUCUCUAGAUGUCGUCGGAAAGAUUAGACGUGAAAUACAGAACCUCAAGCUUUUUAGACAUCCCCAUAUAAUUAAAUUAUAUCAGGUGAUAUCCACACCAACAGAUAUAUUUAUGAUUAUGGAGUAUGUCUCUGGUGGGGAGUUGUUUGAUUAUAUUGUAAAACGAGGCAAGUUACAAGAGCAUGAGGCCAGGCGCUUCUUUCAACAAAUCAUAUCAGGGGUCGAUUACUGUCAUAGACACAUGAUUGUCCAUAGAGAUUUGAAACCAGAGAACUUAUUGCUGGAUCACAAUAUGCAUGUAAAAAUAGCUGACUUUGGUUUAUCCAAUAUGAUGAUGGAUGGUGAGUUUUUGAGGACUUCCUGUGGAUCACCGAAUUAUGCUGCUCCAGAGGUCAUAUCAGGAAAACUAUAUGCUGGACCAGAAGUUGAUGUGUGGUCAUGUGGAGUCAUCCUCUAUGCCUUACUGUGCGGUACACUACCAUUUGACGAUGAUCAUGUGCCUACUUUGUUUAGGAAAAUCAAGUCUGGAAUAUUCCCAAUACCAGAGUACUUAAACAAGAGUGUUGUGAGUCUCCUUUGCAACAUGUUGCAAGUUGAUCCAAUGAAAAGGUCAACUAUUGAAGAUGUUAAAAAACAUGAGUGGUUCCAGAAAGAUCUACCGGGUUAUUUAUUCCCCUCACCAGUGGAGCAGGUGGACAGCAGCGUGAUAGACACAGAGGCCAUAUCCGAAGUGUGCGACAAGUUCGGUGUACGCGAGAAUGAAGUACACAACGCGUUGCUAAGUGGCGACCCUCACGACCAACUAGCUAUCGCGUACCAUCUAAUUAUAGAUAACAAGAGGAUAGCCGAUGAGGCAGCCAAAGCUGAGAUCAAGGACUUCUAUGUUGCCAACAGCUCUCCGCCCGCGCACUCGGAGAGCGGGCGGCCGCACCCCGAGCGCAUCGCGCCCCUGCGCGACAAGACGUCGCCGGCUGCGCAGCCCGCGCAGGACAAGCAGAAGGGCACGCCUGUCAAACGGGCUAAAUGGCAUUUAGGUAUCAGGUCGCAAAGUAAACCUAAUGAUAUUAUGUUAGAAGUGUUCCGCGCCAUGAAGGCAUUGGACUAUGAGUGGAAAGUCAUUAACCCUUAUCAUGUCAGGGUGCGUACUUUGAACAAAAUGACUCAGAAACACGUGAAGAUGUCGCUUCAGCUAUACCAAGUGGACUACAAGUCAUAUCUGCUGGACUUCAAAUCCCUCUCCGGAGAAAAAGAGGAGCCAGAUGACGAGAUGUCCCCUCUCGCUCCCUCCCCCUCGCCGUGCAUUCCCCCUCUCACUCCCACACAGCCCCAAGGCCACCACACUAUGGAGUUCUUUGAAAUGUGCGCAGCCCUCAUCAUACAACUUGCUAGG